AUCGGGCAACUGCAGUCUUGGAUCGCACUAUGAAGUUCCGUCCGUGCAUCGACAUCCAUGCGGGUGUGGUCAAGCAGAUCGUGGGCUCGACACUGUCAGACGACAAGGAUGCCGCAGGUCCCGUGACGAACUUUGUGUCGACGCUGCGCUCGGCGGACUAUGCAGCGAUGUACAAGCGCGACGGGUUGACGGGAGGCCAUAUCAUCAUGCUAGGGACGAGCGAAGCCAACGAGCGCGCAGCGCUGGAAGCUCUGGACGCGUUUCCCAUGGGCAUGCAGAUCGGAGGCGGCAUCACGAGUGCGAAUUGUCGCCGCUACCUCGACCGCGGGGCCAGCCAUGUGAUUGUAACCUCGUACGUCUUUCGCGACGGCGCCAUCGACAUGCAGCGGCUCGCGCAACUCCGCGACGUCGCCGGCAAGGACCGACUGGUGCUGGACUUGAGUUGCCGCAUGAAAAACGACGGGCUGUACUACAUCAUGACCGACCGGUGGCAAGUGUUUUCAAACGUCACUCUCUCCGCGUCACUGCUUGUCGAGUUGGCCGCGUAUUGCAACGAAUUUCUCGUGCAUGCUGUGGAUGUGGAAGGCAAACGGUGUGGGAUUCAAGAAGACCUUGUAUCGUGCCUGGCGCAGUGGUCUCCAAUCCCAGUCACGUACGCCGGGGGCGCUUCGUCUGUUGUACGUUCGUUCUCCAUGUGAUCCUUCUUGAUGCGUUAAUAUAUAUAUAUAUAAUUUAAUUUAACGUAAUAUUUGUAUAAUAUUUAUGGACAGGAUGACGUGAAUCUCGUCGGCCGCCUUGGAAAAGGCCACGUGGACGUGUCCAUUGGCAGUGCGCUCGAUAUUUUUGGCGGCAGUUUGUCGUACGACGCGCUGGUCGCGUAUACAAAACAGACGUUAACGCAACACUAACAUUUGCACUGCUUGCUAGCUAGUACUACUAACAGAAAACAAAAUGCAGAUAUGUUCAAUGCGGUAUACUAUUAAACUACUAACAGUAACCCC